GAUCAAUUGCCCUACCAUUCCCGCCGUAACAUUGGCGGGAAUGCUGACCUGGCAUUUCGACACGUAAGACAUCCACCUCAUCUUUCCCGCCAAACAAGCCUAUACAUCUUGCUCUUCUUCUUCUUCUUCUUCUCUUCAACCCCAUCGGCGUUUCAGAAAGAAAGUGCAGCCGAAGAAAUGGCUUCUGAUUCAUCGCCGUUCGAUUCGUCAAAGCCGAAGCCCUUGCCGUCGGAUCAAGUUACCAAAGCUCUCUCGUCGGAGCGGAGUCCAUGGAGCUCCAAAACCCCGGAGAAACCGGCCUACCCUCCGCGUCGCCUCCGGAACUGUCGGGCAGCAAUGUCCGUCAGAGAAGUGAGGGAGGCAGCAGCGAAGAUCCAGUUGUCGAGUCGAGAACAGCAGCCUCAGCCCGAUCCGGCUGUCCCAGAUGAACAGCAGAUCGGGUCGGGUCCGUGCGAUGUUCCGAUCGGGAAAUCGAAGAGGAAGGUUGAUGAGUCGAUUGGUCUUCCGCAGAAGCAUCAGAUAUUGGUCAGGUUCUUUGAUAGCUUGGAUAGUUCGAUUCGGCUGCUUAGCCUUAAGGGCUACUCAUCCACAUUUACUAAUAUCAGCCCCAAAGUAGAAUGUUUGACAGAUAGGAGGUUCUCCCAUGUCCAUUUAGCACAGUUGAAGUUUAUUUUACCUGAAGUGAUUGAGAUAAAGAGGAUACUUGUACAUGAUGAGCGAACUAGUUGUAUGAAGCCUGAUCUCCACAUUACUAUGAAUAUUGAUGCCAUUAAGGAUGCGGGAAAACUGAUGUCAGUGAGUGGGAACUCACAUAUGAGAAGGGUCUUCCGUGCUAGACUCUUGGAUUUUUACAAAGCCAAUCCUGAGGGGGAAGUUCCCGAGGGGACACUCCCAGAGCCCUUCAAUCACAAGACAGCCCUGCAGACGAGCAUAACUAAGGCCUCUAAUUCAUCCUUGCAUAGUGAGAUGUCAACUGAAGCACUAGAAAACCCAGAGCCAGUAGUUGCAUCCCAUCUAUCUCAACGUUUCCAGAAGCGUUUUUCAUCUAAGGUUUCAACCAGUGAAACGGUAGGUAUUAACCAAAAGCAAUCUGUAGCGUCCCUACAGCCUUCAGUCGUCCCUGUUGCAGAGCUAAUCUUGGACCAGAGUUCUGACGAUGAGCUAACCAUUGAAACUGCUCCUUCAUCCAUCAGUAAAUUUUCACUAACACCAAGCACCAAUAAAAAUUGUUUCUCACUUCGGACUUCUGAAGCUAGUGCAACACCAUCCCGUUUACCUGCAACUCCAACAGAAAAGGGAGAUCAUGUAAAGAAUGAAGUCUGUUCAGCGGGAACUGCUAUCAUCGUAGGAACACCUACAAGACUCGUUUCUACUCCAACAAAACUGAUGAGUGCCACACCGGCACAGCAACCACCAAAGAGGUGCUAUAUGAGCCCUGAUGACAAUUCAACCUUUUCACCUAACAAAUUGUUCACACGUCCACCCCGCAGCAGAUCAUUGAAAUUUGAUACUCCUGUCAAAAAUGCAAAGCUCAAAGAUGAAGUCAAUAGUGCUACAAGGCAGUCACCCGACAAUGAUAUUUUUGAAAUUCUUCCUGAGAGUCUUCUGCAAUCGAUUAGAGAAAAAGAGAGGAAAGCAUUAGAGGAUCAAGAUCCAGCCAUCUCACAAGCAAAGAAGAGGAAGAAGAUGAUUGCUGGCUUACCUAAAGUCUUUGACAUGAUCCGGUUCUUAUUCCAGUCAAUUAAGAGAUCUAUUAUCACAAAGGAGGAGCUUUUGCACUGGAUAAUGUCCAGCCACCCAGACAUUGUUGAUAGAAGAGAAGUUGAAGAGCAACUUGAACUUUUGCAGGAACUGGUUCCUGAAUGGAUUUUUGAGAAAUUGGCAUCAAGUGGAGAUCUUCUCAUAUGCAUCAAUAAGAUUUCAAGUGCAGAGUCAAUCCGGUCAAGAUUGAUGGAGGCAAAUUGAGGGCAAUCUGAUGCCCUCAAUGUUAUUGAAUGAAGCUGAUGGUUGUAUUUGCUCAAUUGUCAAAAGUGCAUGCACAUUCUGGUUGAUAUGUAAAUAUCUUUAUUUCUCCCUAGAUUGGCUCAUGCGCCAUCCCUUUUAAAAACCCUUGGCAGGUUUGAAAGAAAUCCAGUUGAAAGGCAACAAUUCUUUGCUAAUUUUGUUAAUGUUGAGUCGGUUCUGGACCCUGGCUUGGUAGUUGAUGUUGUGCUAGCAAAUAAGCACACAUCCUGCCCGCCAGAAUUGACAACUAAUAGUCUUAUUAUUGUCAACCAACCAAACUUGUAAUGGAGGCAGUGUAGGUACAAGGCUGUUCUCAAAUUCAUUCUCUCUAUAAUCCAUUACCCU